CCGAUUGGCUCUCCCCGACGUCGCUCGACGUGCCCGCCGGGCUUCCUGGUUGUAGCUGUCAAGCGCUCACUCAGGCUACGGUUUGGAUAGCUACCGAUGCCCCCAGUCGCCGCCCUGCAUCGCCCCGAGCGACUUUUAUCCAGCCACGAAGCACCAAGUCCUGCCCGAUGGCAUUCAGGAGGGCUCUGAAACGGACGGCCCUUGUAGGCGGCGGGGCGGUUGCCACGGCGUUUGGCCUGUCACAGCUGAUCGAGUACAGAAAGACACAGGCUCGGUUGGCCCACGUGGCAGCAGAAGCAGAGCUGAAGGUUCCCUUCGUCGACGAGCUCCCCUCUCGGCAGGCCCAGCUCGCAGCGCUGACAAACACAGAGGAGUUCGACGUUCUGGUUGUCGGAGGAGGGGCCACAGGGGCAGGAUGUGCCUUAGACGCUGUCACACGCAACCUUAAGACUGCUCUCGUAGAGAGAAGCGACUUCUCUUCUGGCACGAGCAGCCGAAGCACCAAGCUCAUCCACGGUGGAGUCCGCUAUCUGCAGAAGGCCAUCAUGAAGCUGGACUACGAGCAGUACAUGAUGGUGAAAGAGGCCCUCCAUGAGCGAGCCAACCUGCUGGAGAUUGCACCUCACCUGUCUGCGCCGUUACCCAUCAUGCUUCCUGUUUACAAAUGGUGGCAGUUGCCUUACUACUGGGCAGGGAUCAAGAUGUACGACUUGGUGGCGGGGAUCCAGUGCCUGAAGAGCAGCUACGUCCUCAGCAAGACGAAGGCCUUGGAGCUCUUCCCCAUGCUGAAGAAGGACAAGUUGGUGGGGGCCAUCGUGUACUACGACGGUCAGCACAAUGAUGCCCGUAUGAACCUGGCCAUCGCCCUCAGUGCCGCCCGCUACGGCGCCGCCAUCGCAAACUACACCGAGGUGAUUCACCUGCUGAAGAAAAAGGACCCGCAGAGCGGCAGAGAGAAGGUGUGCGGUGCCCGCUGCAGGGACGUCAUCACAGGGCAGGAAUUUGACGUGAGGGCCAAGUGUGUGAUCAACGCCACCGGGCCGUUCACAGACGCUCUGAGGAAGAUGGACAACCAGGAGGCCUCGAACAUCUGCCAGCCCAGUGCUGGAGUUCACAUCGUCAUCCCCGGAUACUACAGUCCUGACAACAUGGGUCUCCUCGAUCCAGCCACCAGCGAUGGUCGUGUCAUCUUCUUCCUGCCGUGGGAGAACAUGACCAUCGCCGGAACCACCGACACCCCCACCAGCGUGACAGCCCACCCAAUCCCAGGGGAGGACGACAUCAACUUCAUCCUGACGGAGGUCCGCAAUUAUCUCAGCCCUGAUGUAGAAGUGCGUCGAGGAGACGUGUUGGCAGCGUGGAGCGGCAUACGUCCCCUAGUGACCGACCCCAGCUCCAAAGACACCCAGUCCAUCUGCAGGAACCACAUCGUCAGCAUCAGUGACAGCGGACUGGUCACAAUCGCUGGUGAGUUGGCCUUCAUCUGUUUGGUCAUCUUCAAUGAUAGCGACCAGCACGAUGCCUGUCCUGUCUGCCUGGGGAUCGCCCACGCUGGGAGAGCGUUGACGGAGCCCAAGCCUGUGCGUUUUGUCGCCAGCUCCGGCCGACCCUGGAAAGACGGCUGGGCUGACCACAUGGAAUAUGUUGACGGGUUAGCCGAUGACGAGCGGAACCAUGCAGGAGCGCUGGACGGGCUUCAGCCUGGGUUGAAGCCCGCCAGCGCUCCCCAGGAAGACGAUGACGUGCUGGACAUCGGCCUGGACAUCCAUGGUUUGUCGGAGGAUGAGCAGGAGAGCUCAUUGUCGGCCCAAUGUGCCGCCGCUGCUGCGCUGGUCGGCCACGAUGACGCCUCUCUUUUUUCCCUGUUUCGCCGCGCUGCUGAGAAGCUGCAGGUGGACUGGCCUCUCCUCCGCCAGCUCAGAAGCCGUCGCGCUGGAGAAGAUUUAUCGGGCUCAGGCGGCACUGCUCGCGCCAUGAGCUCCGUCACCAUGCUCCAGACGUACCAGGCAAUGUGCCUGGCGGAGCUCGGAUCGCUGGUUCCUGAUGACAGCCCUUUGGCACCUCUUCUUAACGAGGUCAGAGUCGCCACAGAUUACAUCCUCCGGACAGAGCUGUAUAUCUGGGACGCACCAGUGUCUGUGGCUGGGUUAUUCGGACAUUCACUUGAAGCCAUUCAGGCUAGAUUCGAUCUGAGGAAGAAGCAGGCGGAAGCUCUGCGCGACAUCAUCCCCAGGCGUCAGCCGAAGCCCAAGCCCGCAGCUAGCUCUCACAGGCCCGCCGCUCCUCUGCCGACUGGCAAGAGACCGCGCCCACUGCUGAAGUGGGUGCGCCGCCAGCGAGAGCACAUCCUCCGGCCCGAGCUCCACGCCAGUCGGCCUGGAGCACAGACACACUGGGGCGACAACGCCCCGCCGACGGUGCUGCAGGUCAGCCGGCUGGCUGCUCACUUCCCUCAGUGGCGCGCUUGCGCCCCCUCUCCGUGGGUGCUGCGAACCGUUGCCAUGGGUUACCGGUUGCAGUUCCGGGUCAACCCGCCUCGUUUCCAAGGAGUCGUAAACACGACUGUCAACACCGAGGCGGCCAUGAUACUCAGAGAGGAAAUAAAGGCGCUAUUGCAGAAAAGAGCAUACGAGUGGUCCCCGCCGGAGACAGACAAAGGUUGUGUUCAUUUUCUGUCUCUGAGAGCCACCCAUGUCCCGGGCCACCUGAACCUGGGGCCGGACCUUCUCUCAGGGGGUCCUCUGGUCGCUCAACACCUGGCCUCCACGUAUGGGGGAAGGGCAUUCGACGUUGCCAAAAUGGCUCAGGUCACCGGGCAGAGAUGGCCAAUCGUCGGGAAAAGAUUGGUGUCUGAAUUCCCGUACAUCGAGAGCGAGGUGCUAUAUGCGAUUAAGGAGUACGCCUGCACCGCCAUCGAUGUCAUCGCCCGGCGAACUCGCCUGGGCUUCCUGAAUGUGCAGGCGGCCGACGAGGCACUCCCACGUAUCGUCCAGAUCAUGGGCAAAGAACUGGACUGGAGUCAGGAGAAGAGGACGGAGGAACUCGAGGCAGCGAGGAAGUUCCUGUACCAUGAGAUGGGCUACAGGUCUCGCUCUGAGCAAAUAACCAAGACGUCUGAGAUCAACCUGGACAACCAUGAAGUAGCCAGGUACAAGAAGCGUUUCCACAAGUUUGACAAAGAGAGCAAAGGAUUCAUCACCACUGUUGACGUCCAGCGAGUUUUACAGAGCAUCAAUGUGUACAUUGAUGAAAACGCGCUCCAUGAAAUCCUUAAUGAGGUGGACCUCAACAAGAACGGACAAGUCGAAAUUGAUGAAUUCCUACAGCUGAUGAGCGCCGUGAAGAAGGGGCACGUGUCGGACAGCCGCCUGGCCAUUCUGAUGAAAACUGCAGAGGAGACUCUGGAUCAGAGGGAACCGGUGUCGGUGGACCGAAGUGGGGGCGGAGUCUGAGUCGGAUGAUGACACAAAAAAAAGAUGCAAAUGGAGCUAUUUGAAUGACAAUAUUGCAAUCAAGCAUGCAGCCGGAUGAAUUUGGCCAAAUCAAGCACUCCUGUGUGUUUUGGGUGAAACAGUAUCUAAUGAUUGAGGCUGAGAUGUGUCUGUUUAUUUCAUCUGUUAUGUCCAAAGUCUUAACAUCUGGUGCCUCAGACCACACACACAAUGUUUUAUACUGUCUUUUUACGCAGCACUUUUAAUACUUUGACUUUAUCUUUGUCCAGCACUCCUUGAUUGACACUGAUUAUUGUGUAAAAACCAUCUUCAGGUGGGUUUGCUUUACGCAACACAAUUUACAGGUAAAUGUGAAGUUUCCUAGAAAAAGAAGGGAAAAAAAAGCAAUUUGGUUCCAAGUAUUGAAAACAGAGCGCUUCAUUUACGUUUCUCAGAAAUAAUCAUGCUCUUCAAGUUUUAUUAAUAAGUGAAAAAAGAUUUUAGCAGCUGCUUGAGGAAGAUGCUUUUGCCUUUUACCUUCUAGCUGUUGUUUAGUCAUCGUACAUUAGCUGUAUCAGUCAACUCAUAAAUGACUAAAUGGUCCACAGCAUGCGGGCAGCAGAAUAAAAAGAAAAGAACUCGAACGUGCCACUUCAGCCAGAAGAGACGAAUAUGCGAGACUGAAGAUGAAGAAAGCGGGUAUUUGGUAAUUGUAGUGGCAAUUUAUCAAUUUUGCUACCGAGGCGCUGCCAGAGACGUUUAAUUGGUGAGGUCUUGAUUGUCAGUUUCUAAAGUUAUAGUUCAGCUGAGGCAAAAUGUCCACAUGAAUCAAAUACAAUCAAACAAAAUCCAUUUGUGUAUCCAAUAUAUAUCCAUGAAAUGUAGAGGGGGAAGAAUCGAUACAUUGUAGUAUCACGGCAUUUUGUGUGCUGAUAUUGUAUCGAUACAGGGAGACCAAAUAUCUGUACUUUAUUAGAUAAAUUAAAAUACAACCGAUAUGUGUUUUUCAUUUAUUUUAACAGUUAAUAGUUGUAUUAUGAGAAAAACAGACUGAUAGCAAAUUGACUCCUUCUUAUGGAAAUAUUUAUUGCAGAUUUUAGUGACAAGUUUAUCUUAUUGUUCAAAGCUUACUGAUAUUGACAGAUAUUGAGGACAUAAUUAGUGAUAGUUUGUCACUGCUGUAGUUAAUUUAGUUUUAUUUACAUAGCGCAAAAUCACAAGAACGGUAUUUUAUACUGUAAACACUAUAAUCCAUCUAAUAAUCCAGUCACCAAUCAAACGACCCCCUAUGAGCAAGCACUUGGUGACAGUGGAAAGGAAAAACUUUCUAACAUGAAAAAAACCUUGGCUAGCUUGGCUUAGCUUAGCAUCAACUCUUGAAAAGGUGGAAAAGGCUAGUUUCUGUACUUCCAAAGCUCCUUGUUUAUUCUGGAGAUUUUUAUUUUGCAAAACUCCAAGUUAAAGAUGUAGACUUGACUUUUUUCACGUGGAUGAACUGUUUUAGGCAGGAGAAUUUUUUUUAUUUUAUGAAGUGUCACCAUCAAAUAAGGACAAAAGUCAGCUCCAGCUAAAACUGGGCCUUUUAGCAUAAGAGCCUUUAACAUAAUGUAGUGUUUAAAUGGAGCCACUCUUUUUUAAAAAAAGAGCCAGUUUUUAUUUUAUUUAGCACCAAAUUUCCUUUUUUUCUUUUUUUUAAAAUAAUUUUUCUUCAAGGAAACUUCCUGGUAGGAAAUGUUGGACCUUUAGACAAAACCUCAGUGAUGGUUUCUGCGUGUCCUCUCUGAUCUGAGCACGUUAAAAGCACAAGUCAGGUGAUGUUAAACAUAUUUAAAGUAUUUCUUCAGCCAGGUUUUGGGGGUUUUUUCCUCUCAGAUGAGUUAUUUUUAGGCUCAUCUGGGAUCUGCUGUGUUUUCCAUUGGUUGCACUACUUCCACUACUGAGGUUUACAUGACGAUCUUCAUCUUCAGCGCAACUGUUUGAGGAUGCUGUCACUCUGGUCUCCUCGUGUAUAUUUUUUCAUCCAUCCAUCCAUCCUCAUCCGCUUUAUCCGAAGUCGGGUCGCGGGGGCAGCAGCCUAAGCAGAGAAGCCCAGACCUCCCUCUCCCCAGCCACCUCCUGUAUAUUUUUUAUAAUUAUUUAUUCUUUUUUUUUAUCCGUGUCAUCUGCUCUUUCGGAGAUUAAACAGGAAAUUAUAAAAACAGGAUUUCAAAGGAACUAUGAGUUAUUUUUACUGGCUAUAAGAUUGAAGUUUGUUUUGUUUCUGUGCUUGAGGUCGAGAGCAAAGACCUGAAGUAACGCUGUAUUAACGCACAUCCACCAAACUGUUGUGUAAUCCUGCAUGCAAGCUGAUGAUUUUUAAUCACAUAUCUGACCUAAAUGAGAUGUUUUUAAGUGCAGCAUGCUUCGUGUGCAGACUUUGUCUGAGUGCAGUCGAAAGACAGUUCACUGUAUGAAUGUAUGAUGUGCCUUGUUCUGCCUAUAAUAUGACAGUCUUCUUUUUCACAAAGCUACAUGAGUUAAACAUUAACAGGAAAACAUGUUGGGAAUGUAAAGACAUUUAUAAAACAUUUAUUACAUGAAAAA